AUGUCACGAGGGGCACGCGAGGGCGAACGGCGUGUAGUCGCGCGCAGUUAGCAUAUAUGUAUAUUAUUUUUACAUUUUAUUGGUAGUGAUGCAAUACUAAGUCUUAUCAAAGCGUGAACAUUAAUUCUAUCAAAUAUGUCGCACAAAACUUUGAUAGAUUUCGUAGUGAAAUACCACACGCCCCGUUUAUUAAACAGCAUAGUAUUCUUUCCAAGCAAUGGAAAUUCAUAUUUUGGAAGACGUCUGGUUGCCCCUGCGAAAACGGUAGCUUCAACAACGGUAUCUCCAAGGAACUUCAGCACAACUAGCACCAAGUUCACAGAUGUUCAAGCCGCUGAACAGGUGCAGAUACAAGGCAAAUUCCAAUUAAUGUAUACCUGCAAAAAAUGUAAUACCAGAAGCACAAAGUUCAUCACAAAACUUGCCUACUACAAGGGAGUCGUGAUCGUGAAUUGUGAUGGUUGCGAACACAGACACCUGAUUGCUGACAACUUAAAUUGGUUCAGUGAUAUGAAUGGAAAGAAAAAUAUAGAAGAUAUCAUGGCUGAGAAGGGAGAAACGGUUCAGAAAAUUUUGUCAGAAGAUCUAGAGUUUAUUGCAACCGAAAUGGUCAAGAAUAUAGAGAAAUCGGAAGCUGAAGAGUUAGCCACAUUACCAAAACCAUGAAGAGUAGUGUAAUCUGUAGAUUAUUAAUUCAACAUUUUUUUUCAAGAUUUAAAUCACAAUAUGCUUAGGGCGGAUCCGGAUCCGAAAUGUAUUAAAUUAUCCGGAUCAUGCAAACCCUAAAUAUGCUAUAUUGUAUUGGGAGUGAUUUCUAUUAAACAAUUUUUAGUUGCUUGUUGAAAUUAAAUUAAUAUUAGAAGACUAUGCAACUAAAUAUAUUUCAGUUAAAUAAA